AUGAGUUCCGCGUCCGAUUCGACUUUGAGCCGCGUGGCACGUUAUGCCGUUCCAUUCGGACUACUCUUGAUUCCUAUCUGGAGAGCCAAAGUCCAAGCCGAAGUCCCCGAAGCAUACCUAGAUGAGGUCUUCCAUGUCCCACAGGCUCAAGCAUAUUGGAAGCACCAGUGGACUCACUGGGAUCCUAAAAUUACGACACCACCUGGCUUAUACUUGUGGUCGUACCUGCUGUGCGCUAUCGUGCUCUCUCGCGACGAAUCCCCGAAGGAACUUGGUAUCGAUGCCCUCCGCCGAACCAAUUUCUUCACCACCGCCAUUUUUCUUCCUUGGAGACUCCAGACUCUUUCAGAUGCCGUGCAUAAGAUUAAGAAUACCCGGAAAAUGGGUGCGUGGCUCAGUCAUUCAGUUCUGAAUAUCUGUUUGUUCCCCCCACUUUUCUUCUUUUCCGGUCUAUACUAUACCGAUAUACUCGCACUCCUUGUCGUGAUAGAGGCAUACAAUUGGGACCUGAAGCGGUCCGAUGCAAAGGGUGCUAAGGGUUUACUUUCCACCCUGAUGUUUCUUGUGUGUGGUUUGGCUGCUCUUGCUUGUCGUCAAACAAACAUCUUUUGGGUUUCGGCGUUUCUGGGUGGACUGCAGGUUGUUCGUAAGAUUCGACUUUCUUGCGAACCUUCUAAGUCAUCCGAUUUGUGCAGCAUUGUCAAGGGUGGGUUUAAAAAUCAAAUUUAUGAUCCUCUUGUCUCAGACGCUUCCUUAGAAGAUUACUUCAAGUCUGCAAUCUCAUUUGCGACUGCUAGUCUGAAGAAUCCAUUCUCUACUGUAGCUUCGAUCAUCCCCCACUUAGCCAUUCUUGGAGCUUUCGGUGCAUUUGUUUUCUGGAAUGACGGCGUGGUACUUGGCCACAAGGAAUUCCAUACAGCUGGCAUCCACUUAGCUCAAAUGCUAUACAUCUGGCCGUACUUUGCCUUUUUCUCUUGGCCAUUGCUCGUUAUCCCAGUCGCCAAUCUCGUUUUACCAACAUCGGUUUUACCCAAGUAUUUCAAUUAUGGCUUCCCGAAGAGCCAGAAGCAACUUCCAAAGUUACUUACUGUCCUAGCCGUUCUUCCGGUUAUGCUUGCCAUUGUUCAUUUCAACACGGUUGUGCAUCCCUUCACGCUCGCUGACAACCGGCACUAUGUUUUCUAUGUGUUUCGCCUUCUCUUGGGCGUUAAUCCUGCUGUGAAGUAUGUUGCCGUAUUGAUAUACUUCCUCUGUGGAUGGGCUGUUCUAUCUGCCCUUGGUUUCACAAUCGACCAGGGGCCGAGAAGGAUUCAGCUUCCUCCUAUGGCGCCUGCAGCACCCACAGCAGCACCUGCUCCUGAGCACCCAAAGGAAAAUAGAAAAACACGCCGAGUAAAUGAGAAAGCCUCUGCUAAGAAGAGUUCGCAGCUUGAAUCAAAAGAAAAGCCAAAUAAACCUGAACCCAUGUCCCCUGAAGCAUUCGCUAGGCUUCAACAGAGCCUGGUCCAGCGUCGCAAAGAACAAUCGGUAGCACCACGAGUUAGCUUCGUUCUUGUUUGGCUCGCGGCGACGACUCUUUCCCUUGUGACAGCCCCACUUGUCGAGCCGCGCUAUCUUAUCAUCCCUUGGGUGUUGUGGCGUCUGCAUCUCCCAGAGCUGCCGAGCCCUUCGGCAUUCCAGAAGCAGCGACCUGAGAACGAGCGUGAAAAGAAACUUGUUGAUCUGUCAAAGAAUGCUUCUAAGUUUAUCGAGACUGCCUGGUUCAUCGUGAUCAAUGCAGUGACCGGAUAUCUGUUCCUGUACAAGGGCUUUGAAUGGCCCCAGGAGCCUGGCAAGGUCCAGCGUUUCAUGUGGUGA